GCCCAUCAGUCGCAGAACGCCCUCAAACUCUUGUGCAUAUUUCUGCACUGAGCGAUCGCCACACUUGAUGUUUUCAAGGCGACGACGCACCUCCAUGGUAGUUUUUUUGAAAAGAAAAGCCGCUUUCAUUGCAGCACAGAACUCGUCCCAAGUGAAAAACAUUCCACUUGCUUCGAGCUGUUUCCGGCUAGCAAACAUGGUUUGGCUAGCAUGCUCAUCCAACGCACCAGAGACGGCGGUGACACGAGCGUUGGUGCGCACAUUGUGGAGAGUCAGCAUUUCAUCCACAGUUGUCACCCAGUUCUCAACAUCCGUCUUGCCAUGGAUGAAUUUUGGGAGCACAGUGGGGAGGGAGCCAAAAGGCGUUGCCAUGGGCUGGACAUGCUGCUGAGGUGCUGCAGUUGAAGGAGAUGCAACAGGCGGCGGGUUGGAUUGGGUGCCCGAUGGGCCAGCAGUAGCGGGUGAGUGUUGGUAGAUAGGACCCCGCCGAAUAUCCCGGUACUGGUUUUGCAGGUGGGCAAUAGCAGGUUGCAUCGGGGCGAUUGUAGAUUGCAG